UGUGUCUUUAAAAGGUUGAACGACGAAGUACAAUUUCUCUGCUCCAAUUUGUUAUCCUAGUCAUCAACCUUGCGCAGUACCACGGAAUAUAGGCGGUUCACUAUCAGCAUCUUGCACCAUGGACGCGGACAGGAACCCAAAGCUGUGGAGAUUCCUAAUAUUAGACAAAAAGAUGACGUUUCCCAUAUUAUUGUUGCUGAUACAGAGGGCCUCCAAAAUAGACGCACAGGACAGUGGCAUGGAAGAACUUGCAACUGAGAAAGAGGCUGAAGAAAGUCAUCGACAGGACAGCGUUAAUUUAUUGACAUUCAUUUUACUGCUGACCUUAACAAUUCUUACCAUAUGGCUAUUCAAACACAGAAGAGUUCGCUUUCUUCACGAAACCGGGUUGGCAAUGAUAUAUGGUUUGUUGGUGGGUGUGAUUCUGCGAUACGGCAUUCCCGCCACCAGCUACCACAACAAGACCCCGCCCAGCUGCAUCCUGAAGGAAGGGCCAGUCAGCACCCUGCUGCUCAACGUCAGCGGCAAGUUCUUUGAGUACACCCUCAAAGGGGAGAUCAACUCCCGGGAGAUCCACAACGUGGAGCAGAAUGACAUGCUGCGCAAGGUGACUUUUGACCCUGAAGUAUUCUUCAAUAUACUGCUACCACCCAUAAUAUUUCAUGCUGGAUAUAGUCUAAAAAAGAGACAUUUCUUCAGGAACCUGGGCUCUAUAAUAACAUACGCCUUCCUGGGUACUGCCACUUCCUGUUUUGUCAUCGGGAACUUGAUGUAUGGGGUGGUCAAACUCAUGCAGUUUGCAGGACAACUCACAGAUAAGUUCUACUAUACUGACUGCCUCUUCUUUGGUGCCAUCAUCUCAGCAACAGACCCAGUGACCGUCCUGGCCAUCUUUAACGAGCUCCAUGCGGAUGUGGAUCUGUACGCCCUGCUGUUUGGAGAGAGCGUCAUGAACGACGCCGUGGCCAUCGUCCUCUCCUCGUCUAUCGUCGCCUACCAGCCUAGCGGAGCCAACACGCACACGUUCGAUGCCGCCGCUUUUUUCAAGUCCGUGGGGGUUUUCCUGGGAAUCUUCAGCGGCUCGUUUGCCAUGGGAGCCGUCAUCGGCGUGGUCACUGCCCUCGUCACCAAGUUCACCAAGCUGCACUGCUUCCCCCUGCUGGAGACAGCCCUCUUCUUCCUCAUGUCCUGGAGCACCUUCCUACUGGCCGAGGCCUGCGGGUUCACAGGGGUGGUGGCUGUGCUGUUCUGUGGGAUCACCCAGGCUCACUACACCUACAACAACCUGUCAGAGGAGUCCACCAAGAGGACCAAGCAGCUGUUCGAGGUGCUGCACUUCCUUGCAGAGAACUUCAUCUUCUCCUACAUGGGGCUGGCUCUGUUCACCUUCCAGAACCACAUCUUCAGCCCCAUCUUCAUCCUCGGGGCGUUUUUUGCCAUCUUUAUAGGGAGGGCCUUCAACAUCUACCCUCUGUCCUUCCUGCUCAACCUGGGCCGCAGACAGAAGAUCAGCGGAAACUUCCAGCACAUGAUGAUGUUUGCAGGGCUGCGAGGGGCGAUGGCGUUUGCCCUGGCCAUCCGGGACACGGCCACUUACGCCCGCCAGAUGAUGUUCACCACCACGCUGCUCAUCGUGUUCUUCACCGUCUGGGUGUUUGGAGGCGGGACCACCCCCAUGCUGUCCUGGCUACACAUCAGGGUUGGGGAGCACAUCCAGGAGGAGGACCAGGAGCUCCAGCGGAAUGAGUGGCAGUAUGUCAGGGUGGGAGUGGACCCAGACCAGGACUUGCAGCAAUGCGGAGACAACUUCCUGGUCCUCCAAGGGGACGGGUCCCAGGUGGAGGGCCAGAGCAAGACCAAGCAGGAGAGCGCCUGGCUCUUCAGGCUGUGGUAUACCUUCGAUCACAACUACUUGAAGCCCAUCCUGACUCACAGCGGCCCCCCCCUCACCACCACCCUGCCAGCCUGCUGUGGUCCGCUGGCCCGCUGCCUAACUAGCCCUCAGGCCUAUGAGAACCACGAGCAGCUGAGGGACAACGACUCGGACCUGAUCCUGAACGACGGGGACCUGAGCCUGACCUACGGCGACGCGGCCAUCACCGCCAACGGGGCCUCGGCGGGCGGGGGGGCGGCGGGCGGCUCCGGCUGGGGCGCCAACGGCAGGAGGAGCGGCAGCACGUCGGAGGAGGCCCUGGAGCGCGAGCUGGACACCCGGGACGAGGAGCUGCUGAGCAGGGGGACGCGCCUCGUGUUCCCCAUCGAGGACCACGCCUGACACCCCCCCUCCCCUCCCCCACGCCCCGCCAUCCCCGACCACCCCGCCCGCCUGACCUCACUGACCUCGACGCCGCCGCCCCUCCUCUUCGCCUGCACACACACCUCCUCCCCUUGCUUGUUUGCCAGAAAGGGUGGAGUGGGUUUGUGGAGGAGGGGGAGGGAGGGGUUCAGGCUUCCGACUCUCGCGUUGUCCCUGGAAGACUGACCUCCAGGCCCCAGGAGAGAGAGAGAGAGAGAGAGACAGAGAGAGACAGAGAGAGACAGAGAGAGACAGAGAGAGACAGAGAGAGACAGAGAGAGACAGAGAGAGACAGAGAGAGACAGAGAGAGACAGAGAGAGACAGAGAGGAGAAGAAGACAACAGCCCUCGCUGUGAUACGGUGACGAUAUGUAGAUGUUUCUGUACUCUCCUGCUUUUGAGGGAGGGGGAAACCCUUUUUUUUGUCAGGGCACAGCCUACCCUCCUGGGGAAAACUCAAUCAAUGCAAUGUGAUGGGUGUUGAAAUGGGAGUUACACAACAUCAGUUACUGUGCUGCCAUGUAGGGCGAGCUGGAGCUGUGUGUGUCUCAGUGUGUCACUCCAGGCGGAUGGAAAAACCCCAGGGAGCAAGCCAGCUCACGGUCUCUCAUUCAGCACCCUCUCAUUCCUCAGCAUCAUCCCCCGCCCUCAUCCAUCAAACCUCUGGGUGGGGAAUCCCCACUCGAUAUUCUGGUAUUGUUGUGAUCACAACCCGACCACGGCUUGAUGAGAGUUGUGUUGUGAGCAUGCUGCAGUGAGGUCAAUCUGCCAUUGGAAGGGGGUGAGAGGCAAGGCAAUUAUCUUUUUACCAUACGUGUGUGCACAUGCGCGUGCACGCGUGGAACAUUAGUUCCAAACACAAUCGCCACUUUUUUUAUUUUUCUCUCAUCGCAUUUUGGAAAUGACAACGAAUAAUGCCAUUGGUGAGAGUGUGCUGUAUGUAUGUAUGUUCUGUUGCCUGAUAAGGCAUGACUGAAAAUAUACAGCAGAAUCUUGUAGAAUAACGUAACCGAAGAUGAAAAUUCCUGUCAUGGUUCUGGCUUCGCUGUUUUCGACUGCGUACCGCCCUGUGGAACUGGGGCCUGACUUGACAUGAAGAGAGCAACAAUCCAGGAAGUUUCCCUGAGGCUUCACAACCACCAAGUCCACUCCCUCGCUUUACAACCGCCAACCCUGCCCCUGUUCAUAAUCAUUUAUAUAUAUAUAUCUUUCUAAUUCUUCAAACCUGUGCACAGCAUGUACUGUGCCUUUACACCAUAUAUUUCACUCGACAGCCUGAGGUCAAAGGUUAAAAACGAUGACUUCAUGUAUCUUGUUCAAAGGUUAGAAUGACUUGCAAACACUCUGCAACACCUUCCACACAAUAACGUAAAAAAAAUAAAAAAUGAUAACGUAAGAUCAAUCACCAAAAGGAAAUGUAAUUGACCCCAGCCCUGUCGAUGUGAUUCUACAGGUUGCACUGUGUGACGAAUAGAAAGCUUUACUGUUUUAUACAGUAUCUUUGCAGGCUCCUGUCCUUUUGUAUUUUUUUUUUCCUCACUAUAUCUUUGAAUGCAGAUCAUCCUAAUAACGUCCGCUAGUGAUAUCACAGAACCGAGGGAACCCUCUGCCUCACAGCUACAGCUUUAGACGAGUUCCGAUUCCCAUCUGGAACAGUCCUUGGCUCCACUCCAGCGAUUUGUAAAUGGGAGCGAUGCAAUUUGUCAGACAACUGUGUUAGCCUCUUCGGUGGGUCGGGCGUCUGGGGGUCUGAACCAGCUGGACUCGGCUGGCGGCCGUGCUCUUCAGCGCAUUGAGCUGCGGUUUGAACGUGCUGGUGGCAGGGGGGAGGGGGAUGGAGUGGGAGUAUCACCCCCCCCCAGCAGAAACACGUGUUUGUUUGUGUGUGUGCCCCCCAUCUGCUUCAAUGUGUAUCGCAUAAUAUGAACUUUUGAAAAUGAACAAAUCCUCUUUUGUACGUGGGUGCACUCUGCAACACAUUGUUCUACUGUACGAGUUUUGUGUGUGGGUGUUUGUUUGACUCCGAGUUUAACAGAAGUGGCCCAUGUGUUUCACUGUUUACAUCACGACAGGGCGUUCCAAAUUGUACAGGUUCUGACCGGGGAGGUAAGAGAACUUUAGAAUGUGAGCCUCACACUAUGGUUUUGGAGUAGGAAUAUGGAAAUGUAUCUACAGCAGUGACGCAAUCCUGCCCCAAGGGUUGCACGGACCAUUCAGACUCCAGUGGAAUGGUGUGGGAGGAAAUGUUAUUCGAUGUGCCGAUGCAGCCGCGAUCUGAAGGCAUGCCUGUGUCUGGAGCACUCUGUUGUACACACACUUAUUAAUCACGCCACAGCCAUCUCAAAGAGCCAUUGUUAUUAGCCAUCAUGUGCCCCAGGAUGCUAACGGGACAUGGCACCCUCUCAUAAGUCAGUCAGUGUUAUAAAUGGCUUUUUGCGUACAACCUUGAAUGCCUGCCCUGCCCAAUCCCUUGAAUGCCAGACUUGCAGUAUCUCUGGGUUGUGAGAAGAAACAAAACACAAACGAAACAAAUUGAAACUGUGAAAAUACCCAUGUGUCAAACAUAUCGCUUUGGGGAGUCUUUCCUCUCAAUAUGCUUGUUUUAGCAACUGAAGAUGUAGUAAAACAUAACAAAUAAACUUCUCGUGAACAAGGCUAUGAGAGGGUUGUGUAGAAGGGUGGGGGACGGGGGGGGGGGGUUACCAAGAUCUAAGAUCGCACUUUAUGGAUGGGUCUUCAGCUGUGACCUCAGACGAAGGUGUUGCACCCUGCUCCAAGGUGAGGACACUGUGUGAAUCUUGUGUCCUCAAGCUGUGCUUCAGAACGUCUGUGGGUCUGCUGUUCUCCCACUGUCCAAACAUGCUGUCCUUCCCACAGUAAUAUGAGAUGUAGCUAACUGUAAAUAUCCUCAGUGCGCCUGUUGUCUUCAGUAGCAACAACUGGCUGCAAAGUUUUACCUGCAAUGUUUUGCAUGACCAUGUCAGUUAAAACUGUAAUAAUAAACUCAAAAUGACAAAUGUGUUCAUCAUGAAGUGUCUUGUCAACACACUUGAAGACUGACUCCCUGUGUUUAGACUUCAAAAACUGCAUUGUCUAUAUAAAGUAUAUUUAUUGAAAUAUUUUUUCAGAAAUGUUCUGAACUUCAUUAACAACUUAGGGGUGUUUAGUUUUUUUUCUCCUAAAACGUGAAUUCAAACAAAACAUGAAAAUACUGACGUCUCCACCUCAAACAACAAGGAGGCCUAUAACUGAACUAGCACACUAAAUUCACCAACCUAUCUUAAAAUCCCCCCUCGUUCAUUUUAUUCGUUACACAUCGGUUGAAGGCGGUAUGUGAACAUCACUGAAUUGCGGCAGUCCACUCGUGGCCUGAAGUCUUGGCAAAAUAAAGAAGGCAGUUCCUUCUGACAUUUCCAUGGGAUAUUAAGGAAUUUCACACUCAAGUGAGAGUGUCGUCAGUAACAGUGGAAGUCUGCAGCUGAGUGAAUUCCAGAGGGGGGUAGGGUGUGGAAUUAUAGCUUUCCAGGCCUCGUUUCCUCCCUGCCCUCCCCUCCCUGCAGAACAAUUGAUUAAAACUCUUGAAUUAGCAUAGUUAGCUACUUUCUUUACCUCCCUCUACAGGGCGAGCAAACUAAAGUUAAGUACCAGCGCUCAAAAUGAC